CAGAUCUGUGGUUCGUUCAGUUUUCGGCUUGCUUUGCUUUUUCGUUCAUGGUGUCCUAAUUUUUGUACACAAAUAAAAUUGUGUGAAAGAUUAAUUUAAAUUAGAUUUCGUUGCACUUCUUCCCUAAUUGUUAUUGGAAGUUGUGAUCUACCUUACUGUAUGAAGUAACAGGUUGAAUUUGAGAAUGUCGGCAUAUGAACCUCAAACUUACUUUACAGGGAAUGGUACAUACAAAGCUAUAAACCCGAUUGUGUCAAAAGUGGGCGAUUUCACUCCGUUUUACAUCGCCAUAGCUAUUUGUUCAGUUAUAUUGGGGUUGAUUCUCAUCCUGAACAUUGUUUGCUGCUGCUCGAGGUACUCGGAAUAUUGGUUGGACAGACACACAGGAAACCGUUGGAUUGUGUCCAUCUGGUCAGCAACCCCUCACAAGCAGCCACCUCUCGACUUCACAGAGCUCGAGGGUCAACAUAAUCAAGUGCAAUACGUCCAUCAAUUCCACGGGGAAGAGUACCACGACUUACACAAACACGAAUCAGAGUUUGUACCAUCCGUGUCCCAACAACCCUUGACAUCUCAGUUGUCAUAUUUAGAACUGCACAAGAGAGAGAGUGACAUUUAAAAAGUCUGAAAAUGGCGUUCCUUAUGAUGUACCCCGCUGUAGCAGUCCUUUCGUUAUUUGUUCUGAUGGUGAUCAUCUUGAUACUGCGCUUCGGGGCGCGCUGGUGCAAGCUCCGCCACACCACCUUCUCUGAUCAAGAGUACUGGAACGAUGAUGAGGCGUAUGAACAGAAAGUGUCAUACGCUUGAUCAGUCACGUUUAUUGUGCUCUUUAUCGUAAUCAAAUUGAUAAACAAAACUUGACACCUUAAAAAUAUUUCUGUAAUAGAUACUUAAAUGUCUUUUAGGACUUGCUGUGUUGUAUGCUAUAUACUAUGUACAUUACUAAUUACUGCUAAAGCGAAUUCCUAUGAUAUUGUGUUCCUUCCUUUUCUGCAAUGCUAAGUCCAUAACUAGUACCAGUCCACAACACACAUUGUUGUGUUGUUUGAGUACAUAACAUAGCAUAAUUAAGUAUGUAAUGGCUCUUUCUUGGAGCACAGUAAAUUUUCAUUAUUUAUAAAGGUGUAAAGAGAUCUUAACAAUAUUUGGUAUUGGUUUUUGCCAUAUUUUCCAUUGCACCCUAUAAAUAUUUUAAAAUGUUUCAUGUACCUAUGUAACAUGUAUGAAGGCAAGUUUUGUUUAUUAAUUUUUUAAAGUUUUACACAAGGUGUUAUACUCUUAUCUCUCUCUUGUUUUACUUAUUCUUUUAAUUAUUCCGUCCAAGUUAGGUCUGACUAGUGUUAAGAUGUUAAAUGACAGAUUUAUACUAUACAAAUAAGAUUUUAAUGAGAAUGACAAGAUAAAAUGAU